AUGGCUGAUCAAGGCAAUGAAAAGGUUCAAAACAAUGGUGCUGCCAAUAAUCCUGAAAAUCCCCCUUCUUCAAAUGCUUUUGAACAAGCGAAGAAUCUUGUUUCAACAAUGAGUACCAGUGAUCUUCAGAGUUUGAGAGAUCACAUUCAAGCGGAGAUAGAUCGUCGUAGUCGAGAAUUAUCCCGUCAACGAGAAGAGGAAGAACAGAGGCGUCAGAUGCAGGAGGAGAAAUAUGAAUGCAAAUUUGAUCGGAAGGAGGAAGAGUGGGAGGAGAAGCAUUCGGAGUGCAAAAGGUAUGGGAGUGCAACAUAUGAGGAUUCUGAAGCUUCAGGAGAUGAUAUGGAAUAUGGGGUGGAGGAGGCGAAUACCAGUGAUCUGGAUUUAGAUGCUACAACGGAUAAGGCAAGGAUGAAUGAGUAUCAUGACAGGAGGUUAAGAAGCAGAUUUGAUUUCGAACUAGCCAAUCCAAAAAUUUAUGCCAGAACCAUGCGAGAAAGGGAGAGUAGCAUUGACAGUGAAGAGACCCUGGAAGAUGAAUCCGAUGAAGAUCAGGAUGGAAGUGAUGCUGAUGAUGUUGAGAGUACUCCUUCAUCUGAUAACACAUCUCCUGCAUCUUCUGAAAGUGCUGAUGAGUGGUUCUGA